AUGGAGGUUGAUGACCACCAUUACGAAGGCUCCCUGUUCCCCACCUCCACCCUCAUCCCUGUUACCAUCAUCUGUCUCCUCCUCUUCCUGGUCGGUGUGUUGGGAAACACCAUGACUAUCCUCAUCAUCCAGCGCUUCACGGAUAUGAAGACCACCACUAACCUGUACCUGUCCUCCAUGGCUGUGUCCGACCUCCUCAUCUUCCUCUGCCUGCCCUUUGACCUCUACCGUCUGUGGAAGUACGUCCCCUGGUUGUUUGGGGAGGUGGCGUGUCGUCUGUUCCACUACGUCUUCGAGGGCUGUACUUACGCCACCAUCCUCCACAUCACCGCCCUCAGCAUGGAGCGAUACCUGGCUAUCUGUUUCCCCCUCAGAGCUAAAGUUGUGGUGACCAAACGCAGAGUGCAAUACGUCAUUAUGGCUCUAUGGACCUUCGCUCUGCUCUCUGCUGCCCCCAUGCUGUUUCUGGUGGGGGUGGAGUAUGACAACGACACCUACCCGGACUACAGUACGAGACAGUGUAAACAUACCAACUAUGCCAUCAGGUCAGGGCAGCUGCACACAAUGAUCUGGGUUUCCACUACCUAUUUCCUCUGUCCCAUGUUCUGUCUGGUUUUCCUCUACGGUUCCAUUGGACGGAAGCUGUGGAAGAGUAAGAACGACCUGCAGGGUCCAAAUGCCAUGACCCGGAAAAGGUCUCAUAGGCAGACCGUCAAAAUACUGGUGGUAGUGGUCCUGGCGUUUGUGAUCUGUUGGCUGCCCUACCAUAUCGGCCGUAGCCUGUUUGCCCAGGUGGAUGACUACGAGGAGGCAAAACUGAGCCAGGACUUCAACAUAGGCUCCAUGGUCCUCUGUUACCUCAGCGCCUCCAUCAACCCUGUCCUCUACAACCUCAUGUCCAGGAAGUACCGCGCCGCCGCGCACCGCCUCUUCCUGCUUAGACACGAGCCCCACCCUCGACGCUAUGGUAACAACAACCAUCGACCAACCGGACAGAGACAGCAGCUGUCCCUCAGAGAAGAAACCACCACACUGGAUGAUACCAUGAUAGGAGUGUAGGAGGUUGGUAAGGACAGUGCCAUGACCUUUAACCUCCCCAGGGUUCGGAAAGAAGUGUCUGGUACAGGAGAUGACAUCCACUACAGUCACACUACACCACUAUGAGUACAGUCACACUACACCACUAUGAGUACAGUCACACUACACCACUAUGAGUACAGUCACACUACACCACUAUGAGUACAGUCACACUACAACACUAUGUAGUAUCCAGUACAGUCACACUACACCACUAUGAGUACAGUCACACUACACCACUAUGUAGUAUCCAGUACAGUCACACUACAACACUAUGAGUACAGUCACACUACAACACCAUGUAGUAUCCAGUACAGUCACACUACAACACUAUGAGUACAGUCACACUACAACACCAUGUAGUAUCCAGUACAGUCACACUACAACACCAUGUAGUAUCCAGUACAGUCACACUACAACACUAUGAGUACAGUCACACUAUGAGUACAGUCACACUACAACACUAUGUAUCUGAGAGUGUUAAAACUGGGUUUAAAGAGGACAGAGUUGACCUGCUGUCAUCCUGAUUAUAAACAGGAGAGAGUUUUCCAUUGGCUCUGGGAGACGUGCAGGCGAGAGA